GUAUGAAAUUCAUGAAAUUAUAUACGAGUAAAAGAAAAAACAAAAAAAAAUAAGAAAUACCUCUGAAUUUCGUAAUGGACAAAUAGGAAGAAGAACUAGAGUGAUUUGACCCAAGAUGUUCAAAUCGUAAGAAGAAGCUUGACGAUCAAGCUCAGCAGUAGAUAUUGAUUUCAAAUUUGGGAGAGAAAAGGGGAUAAAGAGAUGAAGAAUUUGAAAUGGCGGGCAAUGAGAACAAACUGUUAUUACAGUUCCUGGAAUCUGGCAUUUACAAAUUCCCUGCUUCAAAUACAUUUUUCAUAGAUCCUGUUCGACUUCUUAAUCGAAACUACACCAAUUUUAGGGUUUCUCCUUGUUCGUAUUAUUCUCGUUUCUUCAAUUUCAGUUCCUCUAUUGAAGAACAAAAUCUAAAAGAAAAAGAUGAUGGAUAUUUGGUUACUACAAAUUGCGGAAAGAGAAAACGUUAUCGAAAGAACAAAAACAAACAGAAAUGCUAUUCUCUUAACGAGAAAGAAUUACUUGCGGAUAAUCGACAUCAGGAAAUUACGGGUUUAUUAGUAAACGCACAUGAAGAACUGGUGAGAGAUAAGGAGCUUUUGGAUGUAAUUUGUGAGCUGAAGAAUGAAAAUGAGGGAUGGGAACGUUGUGUUGAAUAUAAUUGUGGUGAAGUUAAAGAAUGGGAAGAAUUUUCAUUGAUUGAGCUUGGGAAAGUUUGGCAAGCUCCUUUUUAUGAAAUUACUCUUCAUUUUACAAAAGAUAAUGAAGAGGUUCGAGCUAAUGGAGGUUCUCUUGACAUUAAGCAUGACGAUAUAAGAUUAUUCCCAAUAUUCAAUACCUUAGUUUCAAAUGAGACAGACAACAAUAUGAUGGCAGAAUUCCAGACAACUCAAUAUAUUUUACCAAAAAAAAGCUGCUUCUUUAUGUCUGAACUGGAGCAGAUUCACACCAUUGUUCCUGCUGAUUCAGAAUGCGGGUUUAAUUUUAUAAUGAUUGAUCCACCAUGGGAGAACAGAAGUGCCUAUCAGAAGUCCAAGUACCCUACGUUACCGAAUCGACACUUUUUAUCAAUUCCAAUAAAGAAACUUGCUCAUACAAGUGGAGCACUUGUAGCCUUAUGGGUGACAAAUCGGGAAAAAUUGCGUAAUUUUGUUGAGAAUGAACUAUUUCCAGCCUGGGGAGUCAAAUUUGUAGCUACAUUGUAUUGGCUGAAAGUCAAAGCUAAUGGAUCUUUAAUUUGUAAUUUAAACCUCUUUCAUCACAGACCAUAUGAGUGCCUUCUUCUUGGAUACACUGGCGGAGAAGUGAUGACCAUGGAAAAGGCUUUAAAAGAUCAAGUAGUGAUGUCCAUUCCUGGCGACUACUCGAGAAAACCACCACUGGGAGAUUUGCUCAUGCAGUACGUGCCAGGGCCCAGACCUGCUCAUUGCAUUGAGCUGUUUGCUAGAGAAAUGCUGUCUGGAUGGACAUCUUGGGGUAAUGAACCUCUUCACUUUCAGGAGAUGAGAUAUUUUUCAAGAAAGAUAACCGGACAAUGUACAAAUUAAAAGAUCAGCCUCUGCACUACAUUUUGCAACAUUACAUAUUGAAGUAUGAUGUUACUCUCAAAAGAUGUUCAAGAAAAGGAUCACAUCUUCUGAUUGGGUCCUCGGCCGAUGAAUCACAAAGAUCAGCAGCAAAACGGUCGAAAAAAAAUAAAAUAUUGUUUAGUUUUGCGUUUUCAAAUAAGACGUUUCUGCUCAAAAGAUGUUGCUGAUAGCCAGAAGUGACGAUUUUUGUUUCAUUAUCAGUAAUUAUGAUGAAUUGCUACAUAUUAACUGA